CUUUUUCUCUCUCUCCAAAGUCUAUUUCAUCUUAGUUAAUCAUCCAUAGCGUCAACUUAUUUUUCUGAACAUAUCUACUCAUGGCUGAGAAGGUUACUGUGAUGAUGCUAAAGGCUGAUCUCCAUUGUCCUUGCUGCCACAAGAAAGUCAAAAAAAUUCUUUGCGGAAUUCCUCAAAUUAGAGGGCAGAUAUAUGAUGUCAAGCAAAAUACAGUGACGAUCAAUGUAGUAUGCUGCAGCCCAGAAAAAAUUCGUGACAAAUUGUGCUGCAAAGGUGGAAAGGUUAUCAAGAAUAUUGAAAUAAAAGCGCCCGAAAAGGAACCUGCUCCAGAUGAAAGGCCCAGACGCCGUAAAAAGCCCGAAGUGGUGGUCGAAAACCCCACGAGCCCUAAAGAGACCGUAGUGACCGAAUUGCGUGACCAACCGCCUCUACCACCGGCGGAUGUGACCGAACCAUUCUCACUUGGUCCACCGGCACGGACUUGUUGUGCACCGUGUUCAGAAGGUCAUGCUGGGGGUCCAUGCUACCGUGGGAACCCAGCUCCAUCGGGACCGCCUCCACCACCGACGAAGGUGCCCAAACCAAUCCCACCUUAUCCACCGACACGGACUUGUUGUGCAUCGUGUUCAGAAGGUUAUGGUGGGGGUCCAUGCUACCAUGUGUACCCAGCUCCGCCGUGUUUCAUGAGCCCUAAAGAGCCCGUAGUGACCAUAUUGCCACCACCGGCACGGACUUGUUGUGGACCAUGUUCAGAAGGUUAUGGUGGUGGUCCAUGCUACCAUGGGCCAGCUCCGUCGUGUAAUGACGGUUAUUAUGGUUAUGGGUAUGGGCGUGAGUGUAGUUGUGGCUGUGGUUGUAGCUAUGGGACGGGCUGCCACCUCAGAAAGUGUGCUUGUUAUAUUGAAGAAAAUCCCACAGCUGAAUGCAAGAUCAUGUAAUAAGUAAUUUGUGUUUUAUUUAUUAUUUUUUUUUUUUACGAUGAUUGGGUUGUCCUCAAAUCUUCGAUCAAUUUGAGGUAUUGGUCUAAAACCUAGAUGGUGACUGAUGUUGGUAUUACAUCGGUGUCUUGUUACUAUGUUUAUGGGAAUAAUGCCGCUUGAAGAGGCACAAUAAUAGGGCACUUUUUAAUAGACUGCCUUUACAGUUUGUAAUUGGCAGUCUUUUGUUUAACUUUUCUUUUUUAAUUGUCAAUUGAAAUUUGUGUCAAGUGUAUCGGUCUAUAAAUGUAUAACAUUGAGUCUGUUCGUGUAGCAGAAUAGACGUUUAUGGGUUGUAUGCUAUGUGUGACAUCCAACUUUAAGUUGAGUUGUAUCCAAAUAAUUUAUAUUCAAUUUAGUACAAUAAAGUCAUGCAACUUCUAUUAAA